AUGUCCAAUGGUGUUACAAAAGUGAUGGUAGAGAAUACGUCAUCAGGUUCUAAAAGUAAAAUGCCUAAAAUACGGCAGUCACCAUUCAAAACAAUACGAAAUAGCUUUUUGAUGAAGAAAAAUGGGCUUAGUAACACCUUGAAUAGGAGUAGUCAUACUCCAAAGGUGAGUGGGAGUAAAGAUAACAAUGAAGGUGGUGGUCAGGAAUCACACUCGGGCUCUAUAUACGGGGGUUGCAGUUCUCCGGCUGAUUAUCGAAAUAUUAAGAAGAAUCGUUCUGUUUCUACCGAACGUGUAACUUUGUUUAAGUAUGACCAUGUUAAAGUGACUAGUUACCAGUCUCCAUUGCCUAGUUUGUAUGAAAGAACGAGUACGGCGAGAACUACUGAGGAUAUUCAUGGCCGUAAAGCAACGGUACUUGAGGCAAAAGGGCCUCUAGAGAUAUAUCAAUUGGUGGCGCCAAUGACCGCACAAUCAUCUCAAAAGGUCACGUAUUUGUGCCUUGGAAGGAAGGAGCAAAUCAUAAGACCGAUUCUACCGAAACUAAAAAUCAAUAUGUUAAACAGUGAAGGUUACCAGUUUUCAGUGCUGUCCUUCAAUCCAGAAAACUGGUGGAAAGUGGAAUUCCUUGAAUCCACUGGGGAUGAUUCUGUGGUUCCAUACACUGUUAUUUCGGCAUUUGAAAAUGCAGUUAAAAAUAUCUGUCAAUUCUUUAACAAAUCAGCUCGUCAGAUAAAGGAUUUUGAAACGGAGAACGACGACUUAGAAUAUUUAUUGUACAUUGAUAGCAAAGAUAAGGAUGGUGGUCAUGAUGAGGUAACACUAGACAGAGACAAUUCUACCGAUGAUACGAGUGUGCUAAAUACAGCCACUACAUCUGAGAUGAUCAAUGACGCAUUUAAAAGGGCCAUGGAAAAUAUACUACCGAAUAACCCAGUUCAGAGACUGGAUCUUCAGAAAUUUAGAAAAUUUGGCUCACAUAAUGAACUUGCGGACACCUUAGUGACUGAUACAUACGAGAAGCACCGGAGCCGUGCUCUCAGCGUUCCUUAUGAACUUCCACUAUGGAACAAACGUUCAAAUGACUCUACUUUAGUUAGCUGGAUGGACAUUGAAUAUGAUGACAUUAUAAAGGAAUAG